GACUCGGCUCUGACAUUCGUGCGGGUUUUGCUUUCAUUAUGAUGGCUUUCGUCUUUGGUAUUCCUCUUGUACAUGCGCUUAUACGAGUUUGGGGCAAUAUGACGCUAAUGCUAGACAAUUUACAUAUCACAAUACCCAUUCUGUCAGUUUGUUUACAAUUUGUUAUUAUACGGUGGAAACAAACAGUCGUAGCAUCCAUCAUAAAAACGAUAGCGGAAGAUUGGACAGCGACAAAAUUAAGCACGGAGAGAGACGUGAUGAUAAAACAAGCACGAAUUGCACGGUUAAUCGGAAUCACCGCAUAUGCUGUAAUGGGAUCGGCAUGUAUCAUAAUAACUUUUUUUCCUUAUUUGGGCAUACAAAUUAGACAUUUAACGAAUCUUACGGAUCGUAACAAACCGUUACCGCUACAGACGUAUUACAUCUACGAUACCGAUAAGGAUUUGCAAUUUGUGCUGACGUUUUUCUCUCAAGUCAUACCUAUAUUUCUGGUAAUAAUAACUUACCUUGCAAUAAAUACAUUCUUAGCAUUUGUGAUUCUUCAUAUCUGCGGUCAGUUAGAGAAUUUCAAGUGUCGAAUAGUCAAUUUGGUUUCGUGCAAAGACUUCGACAGAGCUCUGAGUAGCAAUAUAAUGAUUCAUUUACGUCUUAUCAGGUAG